AUGUACGCUUACGCAAAAUCUUCUUUGUCGCAGGACCAAUGGCAGAAGAAGAAGCAGACGAAAGCCGAGGCCAAGGCCGCGAAGACGGCCAAGCUCGACCCGGACAGCGAGCUGAACCGCAACGCCAAGGAGGUCAUGGACGAGCGGGCGCGCAACAAGAGGAAGCUCCAGGACAUGCAGGAGGAGGAAGACAAGGCGGACGGCGGCGACGACGACGACGCCGUGCCCGGCGUCCAGAGGGAGCUCCCCGGCCAGGGCCUCAGAAAUAAGGACAACAAGAAGCAAAGGACCGCCGACCCGAUCGACACGAUUGACGACGCCAACCCAGCCGAGAUGUCCCAGACGCAGCUCAUGAGACUCGCGAAGAAGGAGGCCAAGACGAACAAGAGGCAGGAGAAGAAGGCCAAGAAGGCCGAGAAGAAGGCGGCCAAGAUGGAGGCUGCUGCCGCCGCCGGUGACGACGACGAGUCCGAGCAGGAGCAGGAGGAGGAACAGGAACAGCAACCCCCCAAGGCGGCGGCGAAGGCUCCCGCGGCGAAGAAGCAGGCCGAGCCCAAGAAGAAGCAGCAAAAGAAGAAGGCCGAGUCGAAGGACGCCGAGCCGGCUGCCAACGACCACGACAGAGACGAGGAGUAUGAGACCGUCAACGAGGAAGAAGAAGAACAAGACCAGCCCACCAAGAGCAAGGACCUGCGCCCGCUCGACGUCUCCGGCAUGGACGAAGACGUCGCGGACUCGGCCAGCGGCGACUCCACACCCCAAUCCCCCACCUUUGACACCGCGGCCCCCAACAACACCACUGCCGCCGCCGCCAACGAGGCCGCCGCGAGCACCACGACCUCCACCAGCUCCUCCGUCCCGCCCUCGGAGAAGCCCAGGCACAUCCAAGUCCCCGCCGACACCUCUGCGCUCCGCGCCCGCCUCGCCGCGAGGAUAGAAGCCCUCCGCGCGGCCCGCAAGGCCGACGGCCCGGACGGCAAACCGAUCCGCACGCGCUCGGAGCUCAUCGAGGCCCGCCGCGCAAAGGAGGCCCAGCGCAAGGCCCACAAGAAGGAGCUCCGCCGGCAGACCCGCAUCGAGGAGGACGCCAAGCGCGAGGAGGCCCUCGCCUCCAACUCGCCCUCCGUCAUGUCGCCGCGCGUGGGCAUCAACGACGACGACAACGCGGACGCACCGGCCAACUACGCCUUCGGCCGGGUCGCCUUCGAGGACGGCACGAAGCUCUCGCACGACCUCUCGCACGCGCUCUCGUCGCACAGGAAGAAGGGCCCCUCGGACCCCAAGACGGCGCUGGCCAAGCUGCAGAACCAGAAGAAGCGGCUCGCGGCGCUGGACAAGGAGAAGCAGGCGGACGUGGCGGAGAAGGAGCAGUGGCUGACGGCGCGGCGGCGGGCGGAGGGGGAGCGGAUCCGGGACGACGAGGGGGCGCUGAAGAAGGCGGUGAAGCGCAAGGAGCACGCCAAGAAGAAGAGCGAGAAGGCGUGGAAGGAGCGCAGCGACGGCGUGGCCAAGGCCAUCUGGGAGAAGCAGAAGAAGCGCGACGAGAACAUCCAGAAGCGCAAGGACGACAAGCUCGCGCACAAGCUCGGUCGCAAGAGCGGCAAGAAGAAGGUCGGCGGCGGCGGCGGCGGCGCGAAGAAGACCAAGGCGCGUCCCGGGUUCGAGGGCAGCUUUGGCGGCGGUAAGAAGAAGAAAUAA